UAAUUUUAAUUAUAAGAUAAGUAAUAAAUUAUAAUGUUGUGUCCAGAAGUUUGGAAUUUCCCGCCACCGAAAGUUAUGACUUAUCAGAAGAAGUUUGAAACAUUUGAUCCUGUAUUAGACACUGUAAAAAUGAAUAACUUUUACAAAAGCUUAAUUAUUACGUUACCCGACGAGUUACAUGUGCCCAGUUUCAUUGAGCAAUUUCUGGUAGAAGACACGGAUUACUACAAGUUAUUGAAUUGUCCACUUAGCGAGUUUUUAGAACCUGCUUUUAUAGAAAACUUUGUUAAGAAGGGUAAUUUGUAUUGCUUGUCGAUUAAUAGGAACUGCAUAACACAAAAUUGUGCAGCAAUAACUCCUGAUGGAGUAUUAACAUUACAUGUUAUCGAAUUUAUAUAUCAAACACUGGGUUUGGAAGGCAUUAAACAACCACACAAGUUUUAUGAAGUCAAAAUUGAUUUGAAAAGUUUAAAAACCACUAAUAAAAUUAGGAGUGCUUUAAAUAAGUUAGAUAAGUUUGACUUUAAUGUGUUGUGGGAACCUGAAUCUGAGGAUAUAUGUCCAUCAUCAAUUGCUAAAUAUUUUUGUGAUAGGAACUUACAAGUAUCAGUUUCGGCUGUACUAACACGAACUUUGACACCUCCUGUACCUGAAAUACCAUCUAUAAAAGAUGUAGAACUCGAAGAUAUGGUCGAAUGGAUCGGAUUAUUAGCUCAUAAUGCUGAUCUAAGCGAUACUCCGUCUUACAUAAGCACCUACAAACCACCAGAAAGUGAAUAUGCUUUGAAAUCUACUAGAGUUGCUGUCCUUAUUGUUAAAGGAUUUUUAACACCAAAUAUUAUUGUAAACACUUGUAAAUAUGUUGAGAAACAGGUUUGUUCACGAGAAUUAGAUAAUUAUUGGGCAUCAAUAAGUAUACAGAGCGAUGAAAAUAGUCUCUGGCAGUGGAACACUAGCAGUCCGGUCAUGUUUCAAGCGCAUGACUCAUCUUGUAAUAUAUUUAUUUCAAAUAGUGGACAGUAUGAUGUAUAUUCUAUAGGACAAUUAAAAUAUUCUUAA